AUGAAGUUUUCCCUGGUGGCACUAGCUACCCUGGUUGGGGCUGCUGUCGCCGAUCUUGACCCCAUUGUUAUCAAGGGAACCAAGUUCUUCUACUCCAGCAACAACACUCAGUUCUAUAUGCGUGGUCUUGCCUAUCAGCAGGAAACUACUGAUAGCAAUAGCUACAAGGACCCUCUGGCUGAUCCCGAGGCUUGUGCCCGUGAUGUUCCCAUCAUGCAGGAGUUGCGCACCAACGUGAUCCGUACCUACGCCAUCAACGCUUCCGCUGAUCACUCUGCCUGUAUGAAGCUCUUGUCCGAUGCCGGUAUCUACGUGAUUUCCGAUCUAUCCGAGCCCUCGCUCUCAAUCGACCGCAGCGAACCUGCGUGGAACACCGAUCUCUACGAACGAUACACUUCCGUGAUUGAUGAACUGGCCCAAUACACAAACACAAUCGGCUUCUUCGCUGGUAAUGAGGUUUCCAACACUGUCUCGACUUCCGAUGCCAGCGCCUUCGUCAAGGCUGCUGUCCGCGACAUCAAGAAAUACAUCAAGAAGAAGAACUAUCGCCCCAUGGGUGUCGGUUAUGCUACCGCGGAUGUGUCCAACAUCCGUGCGAACAUGGCCGACUACUUCAACUGCCAGGACUCCGACGAGACCAUUGACUUCUGGGGAUAUAACAUCUACUCGUGGUGUGGUGAAUCGACCUACUCCAAAUCCGGAUACAAAGACCGCACUGAAGAGUUCGCCGAUUAUACUGUCCCUGUUUUCUUCGCCGAGUACGGUUGCAAUGAGGUGCAGCCUCGCAAGUUCACUGAGGUCAAGGCUCUGUACGGCGAGACCAUGUCCGAGGUCUGGUCUGGUGGUAUCGUGUACAUGUACUUCCAAGAGGCCAACAACUACGGUCUUGUUUCCAUUGUCGACAGCACCAGUGUUAAGACCAUGUCCGACUUCAAAUAUUAUUCCAGCCAGAUCGCCAAUGUGGACCCCACGGGUACGAACAAGGCCUCCUACACACCCACCAAUACCGCUCUGCGCAGCUGUCCCACCGUUGGAUCCAAGUGGGGUGCUGAGGCCGAGCCUCUCCCACCCGCCGCUGAUAGCAAUCUGUGUGACUGCAUGUACGAUGCCUCUGCCUGCGUUGUGACUGAGUCACUCUCCGAGAAGAGAUACUCCAAGCUGUUCAGCACCGUUUGCGGCUACACCGAUUGCAGCGGACUGGCCGCCAAUGCCACCACAGGCGAGUAUGGUGCAUACAGCAUGUGCUCCACCAAGCAUCAACUUGCCUUUGCUUUGAACAAGUACUACCUUGAGCAGAACAAGGCCGCCGAUGCUUGCGAUUUCGCUGGAUCGGCUACCGUCAAGGCCGUCACCAAGGCUACCGGCACCUGCUCUUCGCAGAUGAAGGAAGCCGGAAGUGCGGGAGUGGGAACCAUCACCACCGAGGGUACUGGCAGCAAGAAGUCUGACUCCGAUUCCGACUCCGACUCCGACUCGUCCUCCUCGGCCUCUUCUACCUCAGCGACUUCCUCCAGCGGCGGCGCUAUGAACAUCCACUCCAGCGUGUCCUUCGGGUCUUUCCAGGUGGCAGCCUAUGUUGCCACCGCCCUACUGGCUGGUGUUGGAAUGAUCGCUCUGUAA